AUGGCGGCCCCCGUGGAUUUGGAGUUGAAAAAGGCCUUCACAGAGCUUCAAGCUAAGGUUACUGACACUCAACAAAAGGUGAAGCUUGCAGACAUACAGAUUGAACAGCUGAACAGAACGAAAAAGCAUGCACAUCUUUCAGAUACAGAGAUUAUGACUUUGGUAGAUGAAACUAACAUGUAUGAAGGUGUAGGAAGAAUGUUUAUUCUUCAAUCCAAGGAGGUAAUUCACAACCAGCUGUUAGAGAAACAGAGAAUAGCAGAAGAAAAAAUUAAAGAACCAGAGCAGAAAAAAUCCUACCUGGAGCAAAGAGUUAAGGACAACAUCUAG